AGUUGUAAUAUUCUUCGUAAGUUUGGUCAAUAGUUGUUUUGAUAACACUAUUAUUUUUGUCUUUCGAAUUUCGUUAUUGUACAAGUUUGUGUAAGUUUAUGGUGCUUUUUCUUUCAAUACAUAUAUAAAGAAUUUACUUCCAAAAUGUCUUCCUGGAAGAAAGCCGCAAAAGCAAAUCAAAAAACCCAUAAAGAGAGACAUCAGCCAGAGUCUCGCAAACAUUUAGGUCUUCUGGAGAAAAAGAAGGAUUACAAGAAACGUGCUGAUGAUUAUCAUAAAAAGGGAGAUACUCUAAAGCUCAUACGAAAGCGCGCACUUGAUAAGAACCCCGAUGAAUUCUAUUUCCACAUGAUCAACUCUAAGGUUAAGGAUGGUAUACAUCAUGAAUAUGAAAAAGAUGACGUACACAGCACUGAACAGAUCAAGUUAAUGCAGACACAAGACAUAAAAUACAUUAAUAUGAAGAGGACUAUGGAGACACGGAGAAUUCAAAGACUACAGUCAAACCUACACAUGACAGAUCUGGCCGACUCUACACCAAACACACAUGUUUUCUUUGUUGAUGAAGAUGAAGAGAAGAACUUCGACAUUGCCAAGAGACUUGACACACAUCCUGCACUUAUCAAUAGAAAAUCAAACAGACCAAGAUUGUCAGAUCUUCAUAAAUUGAACUUACCUGCUGUAGAUAAAAAGACAUUGGAUUUUGCCUCGAAUAUAAAAGAAAAGUCAUACAAAGAGUUGUCAAAGAGGAUAGAAAGAGAGAAACUUUUAACUGUAGUACAACAGAAGAUGGAACUGAAGCGACAUCUGAAUGAUGCCAGAAUUAUGAAGCCCAAGAAGAUACAAUGUGGGACUGCAGUCUCUGCCCCGGUCUAUAAGUUCCAGUACAUCAGGAAGAAAUAAAACUUUAUAUUUUUUUU